UCCACCGAUGGUCGCCGUGCGCGGGCUCCAAAGGCAGCAUAUCCAUGUCUCUUGCUACCUCCGUACCGCGUGCUGCCCGGCAUUCGUCAAUAUGGUCCACAAGAGCUGCACCAGCCCUCGCAGGCCCGAGACUGAGGAUCCUGCAUGAACAAGCACGUCUGAAGAGUACGCAACCCGCAUACGAGGGACACAUCCCACUGAACACCUUCGAGGCUGGCUUUCUCGCUGUCGGCUCCGCGCUGAUGUCGCUGGCAAAUCCGAGGAGAGGAGACAUGGUGGCUGCGUUGGGGGACGUAACCUCUGGCCCUGUGCUGCCCCGCCUUCGGGAUGCCAUGCUGGAGAGUCCUGAAGGAAGGAGAAUUCUGAAAGGGAGGCCUCGUGUGAACUCAAGCACUGUUGACAUGAACAAGCUCGCGCUGCUCCCAGAGGGGACCUUUGGUCGCGCGUACGUCACCUGGCUCGAGCGGUGUGGUGUGACCCCCGACACGCGUGAGCCGGUGCACUACGUCGACGACCCGGAGUUGGCGUACGUCCUCCUGCGCUACCGCGAGUGCCACGACUUCUACCACUGCAUCUGCAACCUGCCCGUCAACGUCGAGUCCGAGCUCGCGCUCAAGUUCUUCGAGUUCGCCAACCUCGGCCUGCCCAUGGCUGGCUUCGCUGCGGCCUUCGGCCACCUCCGCCUCACCUCGGCUAAGCGCCAACGACUCUUCAGCGAGUUCGUUCCGUGGGCAGUGAAGUGCGGGAGCAGCGCGAAGAGCCUCAUCACGGUGCACUGGGAAGAGCGUUGGAACCAGAACGUGGACGAGUUGAAGAGGGAGCUGGGUAUCUGGGACCCCCCGGAGGCGCGCUGGAGCAGGCCACUAAGCGAGGCCAAGGCGGCUACAGAGAAGAGGCAGAAGGCUGCUGAAGCACAGUUGACGGGGCAGUCAUGACCGCCCUCAUCUGGCAUGUA